GUUGAUAAGCGAUGGAAGCAAGACCUUCAACUAGUACCUCGACGCAAUCCAACAUCAGCGCCGAAGCACCAGUUCAAGACAUCGUACCAUCGUCUUCGUCAACGGCGGCAGAAGACAAGGCGGCGAGGCGGCGCGCUGCCGACGCCGAACGCAAGCGUCGUAAGCGUGCUGCCGACGCCGAACUUCGUGAAAGAGAAACCGCGGCCAGGCGUCAACGUCGACAAGCGGAUCCCGAGCAGCGUGCACGAGAAGCCGCGGGCAGGCGUCAGCGUCGGGCCGCGGACCCUUCGAGUCGAGAACGACACGCCGCUGCGACACGUCAGCGUCGGGCCGCGGACCCCGGCGUACGGGAACGAGAGGCGGCGGCGAGGAAGCGUCGUCGUCUGGAGGCCGCCGCCGCGGAAGCCGUCGGGCAACGUCAACGGGACUUUAGGGUGGGAGAAGCCCCGGCGGCAGCUGAUGGAGUCAAGGCACAGACAGUUCGGGUGCACAGGACAGAAAGGAGAUGGCCACUUGUCACGUGUCGGCAUCAUUCAACAUCGGCAGCUGAAACUCUUGGGGUGGCAACGGCCGACUUCAGCGCUGUGUUCCCGGCCAUCGACUUCACACAGGCUGUUGAGGCGGGAUGCGACAAGCCACCAUUUAUCGAGGCGAGCCUGGUGAGUACCACCUGCCAGGUAGAACCGUGGCGAGGCCUCCAAGACAAGUGCGUCGGCGAGUAUGAGGCCGUGCUCCAGCAUGCAGAACAGUCCUGCCAGACCGAACAUCACAUCACACUAGUCCAGUGCGCAAAGCCUCAAGUUUCAUCUUGCAGCGUCGAAGUGCAGGCUGACGACCUGUGGUGGCAGCGUCAUUGUGGAACUGGGCCCAUUGGUGUCGACUUGUGUGAACCUGAAGUCUACAAGUUCAAGCACUAAGGACCUGCCAUGACCUACAAAACUGCACAUUUACUGGGGGCACUACAGUUGAGGUGUGCGUUUGCCUCAUACUCGGUGAAGGACCACUUUGAGCUUGCAUAUGACAUCUUGCCAGCCAUCAGUGUCUGCCUCUGCCCAGCCGUCCUCGAACAUUCCGAGUGCACCGUCAUUGGAUGCAAUGUUAUGGGGCUUGCUGCGUGCCAUCUGGAUAUCACAGCCCCAAAUCCCUCGGAAC